UGACGGUUAGUGAUGCUGUUCGUCGCACAAACCCACAGUUUGACUGAGAUUUGGCCCGCUUCAUUAGCCAACAGACACAUCUACGGACAUAUUCACCGACACCCUUUCCGGUAUGGAUUUGGUUGUUUUCUUACUUGUUCUCGACUGAUACCAGUUACUCCUCUGUGGACAAGUACCACUCAUUCUCCACCAAUCCACCAACCAGUUGAACUACAAACACCGGGUUGUCCGACCGCCGCGAUCAUUGGGGGAGGAGUGGCUGGCCUGGCCCUCAUCGUUGGAUUCAUGAAAUAACAGCAGCCUGGGAUUACGGCGCCUCUCCGAUGGAUGCCAACAAUUUCAAUCAAAGAUGUAGCCCUCAGGAUAGUCCCUCCGCCUCCGGGCGUAUAAUCCUCACGCUCAUGCGAUGCGAUGCCCCAUCAAUGAGUGAUUUCUAUCUCUUGUCACUCGUCCAUAAUGGUAAAAGCAUUUUUAUUCUAUGCAUCCUUCCGAUGUCAACGUUAACGUCUUGGCAUCGUCUUUCUCCUUUCUCGUUUUCUUGGUCAAAAAUGGCUCUGCUGUCACUACAUACUCUUUGAACCAUUGGUGGCAGUGGUUGGUUGGUUG